AAUUAAUUAUUGAUUUUAAAAUUGGAAAAAAGCCUACAAACACCAAACACAUGCUAGCUAUUAACUGUUAGGUACUUAAAAUUCACACGCAAUACUUCAUUGCUAAUUUGAAUUUGGAUAUAUAGCGUGAUUAUAUGUUUUCGCCACUUUAAUGCUUGUUGAUUCCUUCAACUUCUUUCUUUAUAAACAGGGACGGAUAUUGCACCUAUAAAUGAAGCUAAGUUGAUUGAUUAAUUUUAUAAAAAUAUCAAAGCUUUCAGCGCCUCCAAAAUGAAUGAAAUUCAAUUGCAUCUCUUCAUAUUUCCUGCUUUCUUAUCACUAUUCCUGUUAUGGUCCAUUAAAAGAUGGUUGUACAAACCCGAUCCAAAAAAGAAAUCACCACCAUCACCACCAAAGCUACCGAUAAUCGGACACAUCCAUCAACUCGGCUCACUACCUCACCAGAGCCUCCACUCACUGGCCCAAAAAUACGGGCCAUUGAUGCUUCUUCACUUCGGUAGAGUUCCGGUGCUGGUUGUUUCCUCAGCUGAUGCCGCUUCAGAAAUCUUGAAAACUCAUGAUCUCGCCUUUGCUAGCCGCCCUGAUUUCAAGGCUUUCAAGAAACUUAUGUAUGAUGGUAAGAAUAUCACGUUUUCGCCUUAUGGCGAAUACUGGAGGAAGAUGAAGAGCAUGUUUGCUCUUCAGCUUCUCAACGCCAGAAGGGUCCAAUCGUUCCGUCCUAUUAGGGAAGACGAGACGGCCCUUCUGGUGAAAAGGAUUGGAGAAUCCUUAGGAACGGUGAAUUUGAGUGAGAUGUUUGCCGAGGUAACUAAUGAUGUGAUUUGUAGAUCUGCUUUUGGUACCAAAUACAGAGUGAUGGGAAAUGGGAAGCAGCUCAUGAAAUUGUUGGUAGAAUUAAUGGAACUUUUAGGGAGCAUCAGUAUUGGGGAUUUCGUUCCAUGGCUGGGCUGGAUCGACCGUGUUAGUGGUUUGGAUCAUAAAUUGAAGUAUGUUGGCAAAGAGGUCGAUGAUUUCCUUGAGCAUGUAAUCAGACAGCGUGUCGAAGCUCGAAAGAGGAAGGCCAUCUUGGAGAAAGGUGGAGAAAGUUUUCUUGAUGUUUUGCUUGAGAUUUACGACGAAAACGCUGCUGCUGAUUCCAUUUCUAUUGGAAGAGACAACAUUAAAGCACUAAUUUUGGAUGUGAUAGAAGGUGGGAGUGAUACCAUUUCCACAACUUUGGAAUGGGUGAUGACGGAACUCUUACGACAUCCCACGGUAAUGAAAAUACUACAAAAGGAAGUAAGAGAAAUCGUGAAAGACAAAAAGGAUAUAAGCGAAGAUGACAUUGGGAAAAUGCAGUAUUUAAAAGCUGUAAUCAAGGAAAGUUUUCGCUAUCAUCCUCCGGCCCCACUAUUAGCGCAUAGGGUAGCACGUGAAGAUGUGAAAGUAAAAAGCUACGACAUAUCAAAAGGAACAUUGGUGAUGGUUAAUGUUUGGUCCAUUGGCAGGGACCCUUGUUAUUGGGACGAACCAGAAAAGUUUAAACCAGAGAGAUUUUUGACGAAUCUUAAGGAGUCAAGUUUCGGGUGGAUCCCAUUUGGAGCCGGAAGAAGAGGUUGUCCCGGGAUGACAUAUAGCAUGGCUAUGAUCGAGUUGUUAGUAGCAAAUAUUGUGCAUAAAUUUGAUUGGAAAUUGCCUAAAGGGGUAGUCCUGGACAUGACCGAGCGCGCUGGAAUUACUAUACAUAGAGCUACCCCUCUUCUUGCAUUGGCUUCUAAGGCUACAUGAUUUGUUAUCUUAUAGUAAUAUACUUAACAUGUAUUUCUAUUGAGAAUUUUAUUUUUCGUAAGAAAUAAAAAUAAUGAACAAAUCAAUAAAUUCUAUGAAUAAACAAUACAACUUAUGAA